AGUGGAGGGCGACAUUAGAGAAAGGACUUAGUGAGAAAUUAACAAUGGCAUUUCGGGUUAUACGGCUGGUUGUACCUUCAGGCACAGCAGCGUUCAAAGCAUGCAGAUCGGUGCAAACGGCGGGAAUUCAUACAAGCACAGUGAGCAACCUUAGAUAUGGAUGGUGGUCAUACGCUCUUGGAGAGAGAACUACCCCACGGUUCAAUGAGUACAGCAAGAUUAUAUCUAUCGAUGGUAAUCUGGCAUCUGGUAAAGGAGCACUUGCCCAAAAACUGGCUGAUAAACUGGGGAUGUUGUACAUGCCUGAGCCAGACACAUAUUACCUGAACCAAAUGACACAGAAUAAGCUGCCCUUGGACAAGGCAUUGAAUGGCAACUGCAGUCUGGAGAAGUUCUACAUGGACCCAAAGGCUGCUGAUGGCAACUCCUACCGUCUGCAGUCCUGGAUGUACCUCAUGAGGCUCUUACAGUACUCGGAUGCCAUUGAACAUCUGCUCACCACAGGUCAGGGAGUUAUUCUGGAGCGGUCUCCAUACAGUGACACGGUGUUUUUGGAGGCCAUGUUUAAACAAGGCUACAUCAGGAAGCAGUGUGUGGAACAUUACAAUGAAAUCAAGAGCAUCAGCAUUUGUGAAUUCCUGCCACCCCACCUGGUCAUCUACGUGGACUUGCCUGCUGAGGAGGUGCAGAAGAAACUGAAAGCCUCUGGCAAGCCAUACCUUCAGAAUGUGCCCUUGCCCUACCUGAAGAGUAUUGAGACUGCAUACAAGAAGUCUUUCCUGCCCCACAUCAGUGAACAGGCAGAGCUGCUUGCCUAUGAUACAACACAAGCCCAGGACGUUGAGAGGGUGGCAGAGGACAUCGAGUAUCUCAAGUUUGAGAAAGGACCAUGGACGGAGCAGGAUGAUGUCACGUAUCACUACCUGCGAAUGCUGGUGGAGGAUAAACAGAGGGUUGCCAGCCUGACUUGUGUUCCUUACUUCAUCCCAGAGAUCACUGUUGGUGCUCAUGAGUUUGAUGAGAGCUAUCAUGCCUUCAGAUCGAAUCCUGGGAAAAUGUACGCGGAGGGGUACAAUGCUGAUGUAGGAGACAAGAACAUCUGGCUGAAAUGAAGAGGUGAACAUCCUGCAAGGGGGUGGGGCCCUACCACCAGAGAGAAGGGGCGAAUGAACAAGGACCAGUCUGUCAUCCCACGGGUGGCUCAUCCUCCUCCCUGAAAUAAGUCUUGUUUUUUUUUGUCAGCCCUUUUUCAAUAUCCUAGUGUUU